GAUCUCGCAACGCCUCGGCUGUAUCGAGAAUGUCAGCGAUACGUACGAUACUUUAUUCGAGUCUAUUCGUGUACGCCGCUCGCCGCGACACGGAAGAGUGUCAAAUAAAUACAGGUUGAAAUAUAUCAGCUGUCGGAUUCUGUGAUCCUGGUAUAUACGUGCCAUUUGAAGAAUGAAUUUUUACUUGUUUUUUGUGUUGUUCGGAUAUUUUUUUGCGUGGAGCAGCGGGAUGCUGUACCGACGGGACUCCGAUAAUGUUUUGAAACCCGAUCUCCUGCCCGUGUCGUCUACGGUGAUGCCGCUACCAUACUACUCUGUGUUCGGAUACGAAAAGAAAUUACUCCGGGAUAAACACAAAAAGCGACCCCAAGGGGUCAUCUCGCUAGUCACUAAGCAACCGAAAUAAAAUGACAAUUACUGAACAUUAAA